CUGUGGCCCACUCAAUAUUGUCGCCGACAAAAGCUAGGGUUUUCCAAUAUUUCGACUGUUUAUAACGCCGUUUCCAUCUACGUAUUCGUCUUCUAGCUUUUCACGCCUGAGCAUUCGAUAAAUCAUGGGUUUCGCUGCGAUUUGGAACUCUCAUCCCAAGAAGUACGGGCCUGGUUCCCGCACCUGCCGUGUGUGUGGAAACUCGCAUGGGCUAAUCAGAAAGUAUGGUCUUAACUGCUGUAGACAGUGCUUCCGCAGCAACGCCAAGGAAAUCGGAUUCAUCAAGUACCGUUAAAGAUCUGGUGGUGUUGAUGCAGUUGCAGUCAUUUUGUUUUUUUUUUAAAAGCUUUUGAGACUUUAAUAUUGUAAUGGAUCUUAUAAAUGUUCUAUGGUUUAUGCAAGACAUUUGAGUUGUUUUAAUCCAAAAUCUUUGUUCUGCAA